AUGGUGGUAGGCGUUCUGGGUUCUUUACCCAUUGAAAUAGGCAGCAAUCAGCUCAAGCACCCAGUAUAUGUUGCACCCCUGCAAGUUGAUAUGCUUUUGGGCAUUGAUCUAAUACAGGAUGAUGGGAUUAAAUUGCCAUGUGGAGCUGCUGAAUUCAGAUUAAUGUUCAGUGUCCUUCUGGCCCAGAUGUCAGACAGUGUCUUAUGUUCAGGAGUCCAUGAAGGACUCAUGCUGGCGUGUUCGCAAAUACCGCCUGUAACAGAUAUAAUGGAGGAACCAGAAUUUGUGUGGAACUGUUUUAAUUUGAUCCGUUGUUACACAGAUAAUACGUCGUUCCCAGCUGUGCCUCAAAGUAUACAGUAUAUCACCUGUAAUAAAUUUGCAAGGUUUGUCAGGAUUGAAACGGAGUAUGAUGCCCCUGAAGAUGAAAUUAGGGGUGCUAUUCUGGAAGUGUGUGAAAUCAAAGUUUAUGAAUAUAUGAUGGACAUUGCAAUUCUUGUAAAAACGGGUUUUAUGGAGCCAAAUGUGAAGCUUCUUGCCCAUCGAACUGUUUCGAACGUACUUGUUUUCAAGAUACGGGACACUGUGCCAAGAGAUGCGAAAAUGGUUAUUAUGGAGAUUAUUGUAACAAUCAAUGUGGAAAUUGCAACCCAAGGAUUUGUCAGAGAUUUACCGGUUAUUGCGAAGCUUGCGAAACCGGAUAUUUUGUGUAAUAGCAGGUGUAAUGACCAUUGUAUUUCACAGAGGUGCAAUCGUGAUACAGGAGAAUGUGAUGGUGGUUGCAAAAGCAGAUAUUAUGGUCAAUUCUGCAAUAUGAAAAUUGUAUACAGGGCAAAUGCAGUAAUGACGGGGCUUGUUUGGGUGAAUGUAAAGCAAACUGGACCGGGAUUAAAUGUGAUGGGGUGUAAGGAGUCGUAUUAUGGAGAUACGUGUGAUAAAAACUGUAGCACCUGCCCAUCUAAAUGCGAUAGGAAUACUGGAAAAUGUGAAGGUUCAUGUCAGCAUGGGAAAUUUGGAGAAAUAUGUGACAAGACCUGUUCCCCAGCAUGUGCACAAAAAUGUGACAAAUACUCCGGUAUCUGUGAUAAUGGCUGUAAUGGUAACACAUUAGGAGCUAUGUGUAACUAUUCCUGCAGCCAUGGUUGCAUCGCCAAGUGUGGUCAAUACGAUGGCAAUUGCACUUGUAAAGAAGGAUGGCAAGGAAACACAUGCGACGCCGAGAAUAUUCUAUACUCAAGCAAUGUUUUAAUUCCGAUCGAAGAUCCGGAGGAAGAACCACAUAGAGAAAAUCCAGAAGAAGCUGUUUACUACAAUGAUCUUUCUAUUGCAAAGGAUAUUGACGUAGGGAAUCUUUUACGGCUUAUUAUGCACAUGGGGGCGAAUAAUAAUGAUGGUUUUUUAACAGAGUUUAAGCUGAUUCCUUAUGGGGAAAGAUUCGACUGCAAAACCGGGCGAAUGGAGGAAAAUAUGUAUAAAAAUAGAUUUUAUUCCACGUUUCCAUAUGACCAUUCCCGUGUUAUUUUAGAAAUUAAUGAAGAAUUCAAUUCCGAUUACAUCAACGCAAACUUUAUCGAGAACAUCGAUGGAGAACGUGAAUAUAUUGCUAGUCAGGGACCACGACCCAACACCGUAAUUGACCACUGGAGAAUGAUCUGGCAAGAACAUGUAGAUUAUAUCGUUAUGUUGACGAACCUGAGAGAAGGCCCAAAGGUAAAGUGCCAUCAGUACUGGCCCGAUAUAGAUGAGGAACUGGACAUCAGUCCAUUUUCUGUCACCUUGCUUGAAGAAAAAGUGUAUGCUUAUUAUAUUGAAAGGAAACUAUCAUUACGCAAGAGAGGAGUCACUGUGCCCAGAACGGUCGUGCAAUUUCAAUACACAAGAUGGCCGGAUUUUGGAACACCAAAUCCGGUAAACUUGGUAGUCUUCCACAGGAACUUCCGACAUAGAAUUAGACCUUCCAAAAAUCCAAUUCUAGUGCAUUGCAGUGCAGGAAUCGGGAGGACGGGCACAUUUAUAGCCUUUGACGUUUUGUCCAGGUAUGGCAAGGACAAGGGCAAGGUCAAUGUUAUAAAGUAUGUCAAGGCCAUGCGUAAAGACAGGAUGACAAUGAUACAAAAUGUGGCCCAGUAUGUAUUCCUGUAUCAUGCUCUGUACGAGUUCUUCAGAAGGAAGGGAAUACUUAUCAAAAAAGAUGAAUUCUUGAGACUGUAUGGAGAUGAAAACAUAGUAAAAAGAAAGAAGCAAAUCACGGAUGAAUUUAACGAGCUGACAACAUUGAGACCUCAAUACAAUGUGCAUGAUUUUCAAAGUGGAAAAAGAAAUCUGACACUGAAUUUGACAGUGUCGGUGUUGCCAGUUGAGCAAUAUCUAGUCCAUCUUAAGUCAGAUGUUCCAGGUCGAGAACCGUACUACAAUGCCGUGACAGUCUCUUCAUUUACCAAGGCUGAGGAGUUUAUUUCUGCGCAAUAUCCGGUGCCUGGGGCUGCCAUUGAUCUUGUUCGUCUGAUAAUUGAUCAGAAGUCUCCAUUCCUUAUUUCACUCACUCCUUUAUCUGAGUUGAACGAGGAAUCUCAAAAAGUAGAUAUUCUUGAAUGCAUGUCAUGGAAAUCGGGUGAAAUUCUUCCAGGAAAAACCUCCACCUUGACGAAUUUGAUCAAACAACUUAUCUUUCAAAGAAAAUCCAAGCCAGAAGGACAUAUAACUCUAAUUUCAAUUGAUGGUGCGGCAUGCUGUGGAGUGUUUCUUGCUGUAUAUAAUGCAAUAGAGCAAUUACAUCAGGACAAUGAAGUCGACAUGUUUACCAUUGUUCAGCAACUUCAGUAUCGAAGACCAGAAAUGAUAUCUGUUAUGGCCGAAUAUCAGUUCUGCUUCAAAGCUGUAUGUGAAUACCUGGAAUCAGACAACGUUUAUGCAAACACCUAA